GAACCUUUUUCUCGUGGAUUUGCAGCCCUCCCUUGUCGGUCUAUCGCCCUGACAGCCAGCCACAAACGCACGCACACGCACACGCACACCGCCGUGCCUGGAGCAGGAUGAUGCCGGGGAUAGCGCUGGCAGCUCAGCCCGUUACCGGCUGCUACUACCGGUGGAACAAGUGACACAGAUCUCUUCCAUCCCCAGUGACAGCCUCUCUCCGUGGACACCGACAGACUGACAGGAUCCAGCGCGCUGCUGGCUGGAUGCGGAUGCACCGUGCGCGCUCUGCUGGUCUCUGGUGACCGGACCGGCUCGGUGGAGUUGGACGUUUCCAGGCUCCUGUUUCAGCGGGAAGGAUUGUUACUGUUAAAGGAGGGUAAAGAUGGGCAGCACGACCUCCUGCUGCGUGUCUGCCAGCCCCAAGCACCGCAGGAAUGCUCACUCCAGGCUGGAGUCCUACCAGCAGGAGUCGGAGCUGAGCCGGGAGGAGACGGGAUGCAACCUGCAGCACAUCAGCGACCGGGAGCACGGCGACGAGUUGAAUAUGGAGUUCAAUCCAUCAGACCAUCCGCGGGCCAGCACCAUAUUCCUCAGCAAAUCCCAGAAUGAUGAGGUGCCCUGCAGGACUGUGCGAGAUAAACGAAAAAGCCUCUUCAUCAAUAAUCAUGGGACGUCGAGGAGGAAAUACAGCUCCUGCUCCACCAUCUUCUUAGACGACAACACAGUCAGCCAGCCCAACCUCAAAUACACCAUCAAAUGUGUAUCACUGGCGAUUUACUACCAUAUAAAAAACAGGGACACAGAAGGAGCAAUGCUGCUAGACAUAUUUGAUGAGAAGCUUCAUCCUCUUUCAAAAUCAGAGGUGCCACUGGACUACGACAACCAUGACCCAGAGCAGAAGCAGAUCUACCGGUUUGUCAGGACGUUGUUCAGUGCUGCUCAGCUCACUGCUGAGUGUGCCAUCGUCACACUGGUCUACCUGGAGAGGCUCCUGACCUAUGCAGAGAUCGACAUCUGCCCAGGUAACUGGAAGAGGAUCGUUCUGGGUGCCAUCCUGCUGGCCUCCAAAGUCUGGGACGACCAGGCUGUCUGGAACGUAGACUACUGCCAGAUCCUUAAGGAUAUCACUGUGGAAGACAUGAAUGAGUUGGAGCGGCAGUUCCUGGAGCUGCUGCAGUUCAACAUCAACGUGCCGUCCAGCGUCUACGCCAAGUAUUACUUUGACCUGCGAUCGCUCUCAGAGUCCAACAACCUCAGCUUCCCCCUGGAGCCGCUCAGCAGAGACAAGGCCCAGAAACUAGAGGCUAUUUCCAGGCUAUGUGAUGACAGGUACAAGGACGUACGGAGAGCUGCGAGGAAGCGCUCAGCCAGCACGGACAAUCUAUGUGGGAUUACAUGGGUUCCUGCAAUCCUCUCCUAACCACUAUUCAUCUGCCAUAUACCGAACACUGGCAUCAGGCUACAGACACUGGCUGGAUGAGAAAACUCUAAAAAACACACCCAACAUGGUUCUGUGCCGAGUUAAAACAUACUUCCGUUUGGAUACGCAGAUGAUACCAAGAAGUGGAACAGUGAUUGAAACCUGAAAUCAGCUUCUGGGCGUCACACCUUCGAACUGGAGGAAGUGAAACACAUCUGUAGUUUGGGGGAGGUGCCUUCACAGUGCCUCAACUCUUCUGAUCAUGCAAAGAGAGAACGGAGUUCAUGGCUGUUAUAUCAUCUGUGGGGAAAAAUAUCUUUCUUUGGACCAACCAAGAAAGUCCAGGACAACCUAUAGGACAUGGCACCGUGAACCUGUCUUAAAGAAUCGGUACUCUGUUCAGUCUUCUGCUUUUGUGUCUAAUUUUGAAACAUUUGACAUAACCUGCCUUUGAGAUGGCCCUGCAACUUCACAAUAUUAUUUAUUUUACUUUGAUUAUGUGAACUUCAGUGAACAGUUGCAGCUGCCUGAGCCCAUAGCACCUGCAGAAUUUCAUAAACAGUAGUGUAGCACUGAAAGUUAUUUAUUUCCUUUGACAGGUUUUAGAAUAAUAAAAAGUGUUAGUUUUCUCCUUUGGGAAUAUUUAUAUUCAAGGUUUACAGUAUUUCUAGCGUACCUCUCGAUACUCAGGUAGUCUGUUUAAUCUUUUGAUUUAUUGUGAUGCUCCUCUAUAUAUACACUUAAAGUUGGAAAUUAUGACAAGUAGCAAACAAAUUGCAGAUGGAAGGAGCCAGAAUGAAUAAAAAAAUGUGACAACACAUGCAUUCCUAUUUUGGGGACAUGAAUAAUCAAACAAUUAGAACCACAUUCAUCAGACUUUGGUUAUAUCUUAACAUUGUGGCGGUAUGGAUUCCCCGGACUUGAGCCCAAGGUGAAAAGCCUGAGAGCCCUUCCCAGCCACAUACAAAUACAAAAAUAAAAAUGUAUUUGGAGGAGACGAUGACGAUGCCUCCAUAUUUUUAAUAAACAAAUGCCUCUUCAAUUUUAAGAAACAAACACCUCUUCAAUUUUAAUAAAUUAACUUAAAGCGGCAGUAUAUUUUUGGCAUCUCAUUUUUUGGCAUCCAAAUUCCAUAAUAACCUUUCAGCAUAUUGUAAUUCAAGUGUUCUGAGAGAUAACUAGACUUCUGCUCCUCCUCAU